UUUCGAAGAGGCCCUAGCUAUGUCUCUCCAAUAUAGUUUCCAUGAUCAUGGAUCAAACACAUCGAUCUCUCGCUCUGUAUUUCUCCAUCUUUUUCCUCAAGUCUUAUCAUUUCUCUCUCUAACCUUACCAAGAAAAGAUAUUUCUCUAUAUACAUUCAUAACCCAAUAUCAUCCCUUAUUCCUUCAUCAUCAUCAUCUUCUCCAAUGAAUCAUCAUAACGAGUCACAACCCUUUUCAAACUCAACAUUUCCCGAAUCAACUCACCACCCUGUUUACAGAGGAGUUCGAAUGAGAAACAAAGGAAAAUGGGUUUCUGAAAUCCGUGAACCUCGUAAGAAAUCAAGAAUUUGGCUUGGAACUUUUCCAACGCCGGAAAAAGCAGCACGAGCACAUGACGCCGCCGCAUUAAGCUUAAAGGGAACAUCUGCUGUUCUUAAUUUUCCAGAACUUGCUAGGUUUUUGCCCAAACCGGCUUCUCUUUCUCCUAUUGAUGUUCGAGAAGCAGCUGCAAAGGCGGCGGCAAUGGAAUGUGGUAUGACGGCGGCGGCGACGACGGCGGCAGAAGAGGAGGAGGAGGAGGAACUGAGUCAAAUUGUCGAGUUACCGAGUCUUGAUUCGAGUUUUGAGUUGAGUUUUGAUUCGUAUGAUCGUAUGAAUGGUGAGUUGAUUGGGUGUGAUGAAUCGGUUGAUGGGUUUUAUGAUCAACUUCCAUGGCUGCUUAAUGAGGAGGAUUUUAGUAACUUCACCAAGAUAUAAUCAUCUUUAUUCUACUCUAUUAAGUGUUAUCUAUUAUUUAUUAAUUAGAAUCGUAUUUUAAAUAAUAUUUUUUGUUUUCUUUUGUGAAGACUACCACACAUAAAAUAAUUGUGGUUGAAGUCUCACACCCUACAUAUUUAUUUUUAAAAAAAAUGUAAUAUUAGUCAUUUGAUAAUUAAGGACUUGUUUGGA